GCCGGCUUAAUCGCCAAUGGCAUACAAUGGUGCCCGCUUGUCUAUGGCAUAUUUUGGUUCUUAUAUAUCAUCGGCAGAGUGCAGUAACUUUUUGCUGACUUUGUUUGAUGCUGAGGUUGGUUAGUAGCUUGUGAGAAUAUAUGAAUGUGAGAGCUUUAUAAGUUACUUGACAAUGCAUGGGAAGUGCUUUCAAGGAAUCACAGAUUUAUACAAAGUAUUGGAGCUGAAACGCAGCUUUGUUUGACCGACCACCGAGUGAUGGUACAAUAAAUAUUUACAAAUGCUAAAUCUCUGCAAAGCUUGGAUAGUUAUUUCAUUGUAACAAAUUGAGCUUCAAAUUUGAAUAAGAGUCCAACAUCAGUUGAGAACCAUAAUAGAAAAGUUAUUUUAUUUUCGCGUUUUUUGUCAUUAUUUAUGACCUCAAAUUUUGAAUGACAGCUGAGCGUAAGGCUUUUUAUCUGCUUAAAAAGUGGUCAUGCUAUUAUUGCUGUGCGAUAGAACAAGCGAAGAGUGCGAGAAGAGUAUGAAGUUGAUUAUAAAUAUUUCAAAAUAGAUCGAUUGGUAGAUGACGUCGAGCAGGACUGAAACCACAACUGAAACUACGGAAAAGCUGUUUCCGAUCUCCAACACACAUUCUAUGACGCAGGUGGAUUGCGAAUGCUUUCUUCUCCAGAUAGUAGAGGCAUUUCUCAGGACGAAGAGUAUUGAAACUGAGAGAAUAGCAGGAAUAGUCGAGUCGAAGAGGAAAAACCACCCAUUCGCCUGUCUCUGCAAACAAGCAAUAGCCGAACAAAUAUCUGAGAAUAUUGCGACGAUCAUUGAGAGGAACGAAGCUCUUCACUCGCACCACUUUUCCCAUCUUGAAAAUGUGUUCGACCCUAACUUCCCCUCGAACAAACUCAAACUCUAUCUCUGUGGCAUAUUUGACAUCGACUAUCGCAAUUUCAGCACCUCUAACAGACUUCGUUUCGACAAACUGAGUGGCGCGCUGGUCAUCGAAUUCAUCGCUGCUCUCUGCAGUAUCUCCUACAGAAUAAUCCACAACCACCCUACGAAGCCCAUGCGAGAUAGAGAAGAUGUAGUGAUUGCAUGUGUACAUACGGCUGACCAGUUCAAAAAUUCAGUCCUCAUUCCCGAUUGGCUUGUAAGGCAUGGGGGCUGGAAUGGGGUGGCUGACAUGACAGAAAGUAUUGCGAGAGAUGAGAAACUGGAAAGUAGCGAGAAAAAUUGGAGAGAUAUAUUGCCGGGAGCUGCUGUUUUGGCCUCCGGAAUGGCAGCAUUAGGUUUUGCGGUACUAGCAAAACGAUAACAGUUUUGUUCCAAAUUCCAGGAAAGCGAAGUUUGAAAGUAAUUGAAGUGUAGUUUGUAUGCUAAUUUUGUUCUUACUGUUAGCAUACCUUUUUUGAGCGUCCUUGGCUGUUCUAUUGCUAGUGAUGUUAGCUAUAUGUGACCCUGAAAACCUGAACCCACCUGUUUUCGAGAAAAAUUUUGAAUUUAAACUCACUUUUUGUUUGACAUAGUUUAUACCAUACCAACAUAGCUAUUCACUGGUAGCACUAAAAAUUAGACAAUUCAA